AUGUUUUUUGUUCGGUGGAAGCGGGUGAUGUUCUUCAGGUCCCUUUUCUUCCUCGUCGUUGGAACUCUGAUCUGUUUCUUCCUGUGGCAAACUGUCUUUAACAGGCAGUCCUCAUCUGAUGACAGAAUGCCAGAGCAGUACUCUUUGGACCUGCCGGGCUGCUCCGCUAUCAUCACAGGGGAUAUAGAAGGUAAAAAAGCUGACUUUGAAGUUCUUCUAUUCUCAAAGAGAACAUGGCAGUUACCAGAAACGUUCUACUUGAACAUAACCAGAGACUGUCAGAAUUAUAUUGAAAACAGAGGAUUUAUUACAGAGCCUCUGAGCAAGGAGGAGAAGGACUUUCCUAUCGCCUACUCUAUGGUGAUCCAUGAGCAAAUUGAGAUGUUUGAACGACUUCUGCGAGCGAUUUACACUCCUCAGAACAUCUACUGUGUGCAUGUGGACCAGAAAUCAACUGAAAAUUACAAGAAUGCUGUAAAGGCAAUUAUUUCCUGUUUCCCCAACGUGUUUAUGGCCAGUAAAUUAGAAAGGGUGGUGUAUGCCUCUUGGUCUCGAGUGCAGGCGGACCUGAACUGCAUGAAAGACCUGCUGAGUUCACACGUCCAGUGGAGGUACCUCCUCAACACCUGUGGAACAGACUUCCCCCUCAAAACCAACAGAGAAAUGGUUAAAGCACUGAAGGCCCUCAAGGGAAGAAACAGUAUGGCAACUGGGGUUCCCAGCAAGCACCUAACAGCACGUUGGGACUAUCAUUACAUUGUCACCGACUUUAUCAUGGGAACAGGUACGAGGAAAAGUCCCCCUCCAAUAACCAGCCCAAUGUAUGCAGGAAAUGCCUACAUUGUGGUCACAAGAGACUUUGUGAGACAUGUGCUGCAGGACAAAGACGUCCAGAAGUUCGUGGAGUGGGAAAAGGACACAUACAGUCCUGAUGAACACAUGUGGGCGACUCUACAAAGGAUGGCAAAUGUACCUGGAUCCAUGCCAGCAAGUAACAAGUAUGAUGAAUCGGAAGUGCAAGCCAUUGCUCGCAUGGUGAAGUGGGGCGGCUUAGGAGGUGAUGUGAAAAAUGGAGCCUCGUACCCUGAAUGUACCGGUAUUUACAGAAGAGGUGUUUGUGUUUACGGGAUUGGUGACAUCUCUUGGCUCCUAAAACAACACCACUUGUUAGCAAAUAAGUUUGAUCCACUCGUUGAUGAUGUUGCUAUUCGAUGUUUAGAGUCAUUCCUGCGUUUCAAAGCUCUGAAUUAUGAAUCACUGACCACAGAAUGCUUUUAAUGUUUUUUUUUUAUAUCAAAUAUACAUUGACAUACAUUGUACUGGGAAUAGGUAGCAAAUGGAAAUGCUGUUUACACUGUGGACUUUAUUGAUAAAUGCUAAACAUUCUGUAUUCAUGAUUUAAUUGACAUUUGUGUCUAUAUUGCCUUCUAGUUGGCUUAAAUUGGUAGGUCUCCAGCUUCUGCUCUAACUAAAAUACGUCCAUAAAAUAUUCACAACGCUUCACUUUUUACACAUUUUGUUAUGUUACAGCCUUAUUUCAGAAUGAAGUAAAUAAUUGUUUUCACUCAAAAUUCUACUCACAACAUCCUAUAACAACAACAUGAAA